GGAAUGCACACAGGCCUCGUGGAAAGAGGCCACAACAACAAACAGUACGCAACACGCUGCCUACAAAGAUCAAGGCGCAAACAGUCACACAGCAUCAACACAAGAAAGAAGAAGAAAGGCACAGGAAAAUGUCAAGACGUCAUAUUUUCUGCUGAGAACUCACUUUGAAGCCAACGGGAUACCCAGAAAACAGAUUUGAGACAGAAGUGGGGAAAAAAAGUAUGGAUGCACUUGCAGUUGACGUUCAUCACUACAAAGACAAAGAGCUGUCUUCCAACCUGCUCCUGCAGCUCAACAGACUGAGACAUGAGAACAUCCUGACAGAUGUGCUGCUGUGUUCAGGUGACACACAGAUCCCCUGCCACCGUAACGUCCUGGUGUCCAGCAGCCCGUACUUCAGAGCCAUGUUCUGCAGUAACUUCAUGGAGACACAGCAGACCAAGGUUGACCUAAAGGGGAUCACGUCUGCCAUAUUGAGCAGUAUCAUUGACUAUGUUUACACUGGGCUCAUUAGUAUCACCAUGGAUAUUGUCCUCCCUCUGAUGCAGGCGGCAUCCAUGCUGCAAUAUGGCUGCCUUUUCGAGGCUUGCUCCAGUUUCCUUCAGAAGCAGCUGUGCCCAGACAACUGCUUGAGCAUGAUAAGACUCUCUGACAUCAUGAAUUGUCACAGCUUGAGAGACAAAGCAAAAGAGGUGGCCAUGAAGAGCUUCUCUGAUGUGUCGGCAUCGGAGGAUCUGUGUGAGCUCUCCUUACCAGAGCUGAUGGGCUACCUGGAUGAUGACAGUCUCUGUGCAGAGGAGGAGCAAGUCUUUGAGACGCUUGUUUCUUGGAUCCAUCAUGAUCCCUUAUCUAGGCGGGGAGCUAUAAGUGACCUUUUCAAGAAAGUUCGCCUUCGAUUUAUCCACCCUACCUACCUCUUCCAGUUCAUUGCAAAUGACCCUCUGAUUCAGUCAUCCACACUCUGCACCGAGCUCAUUGAAUCUGUGAGGCGGCUCAUGUUUUCUGUUGGUACAAAACGCAUUGAAGACGCCGUGGUGGAUUUCAAACCUAUCUGGACCGCAGCACCGCGCUGCACCUACCAUGACACCUUGGUGGUGGUUGGAGGAAGGAAGAACAAUGAUCAAACUUCAAGAGAUGCUUUAGUUUUUGACGAGAGCAACCAGACGUGGCAGCGGCUUGCCAAACUGCCUAUUCGUCUUUAUAGAGCCUCUUAUGUUGCACUUCACAGCGUCCUGUAUGUUAUCGGAGGCCUGACCACAAGUACAAAGCACUGCCAAGUCAGCUCGGCUGUUUAUACUCUCUCCCUCAAGACCAACCAGUGGCGGACUGCAGAACCCAUGUUGGAGCCACACUUUGCCCACCAGAGUGUGUCCUACUUGCACUUCAUCUUUGUCCUGGGUGGUCUUGGGCUCGACAGACGUCUAACAGAUAAUGUGGAAAGAUAUAACAGUAUGUUCAACCAGUGGGAGUCGAUGGCACCGAUGCUUGAGGCAGUUCUACACCCCGCAGUUGUAGCAACCAACCAAAGGAUCUAUAUGUUUGGAGGAGUGGAUGCCAUGCAGAACCCUGUCAGACUGAUACAGGUUUACCACAUCAGCAGGAACAUGUGGUCUACGAUGGAGAACAGGACAGUGAAGAAUAUGUCUGCUCCUGCAGUUGUUUUGGAUGAGAAAAUCUACAUCAUUGGAGGAUACACCAGGAGAAUGAUCGCUUACGACACCAAAGCCAACAGGUUCACCAAAUGUGCCAACCUGAAGGAGAGGCGGAUGCAUCAUUCAGCCACUGUUCUCAACAACAAGCUCUACGUCACAGGAGGACGUUCUGUCAGCAGCCAUGACAUCAUUGAGGAUUUGGAUACUUUUGAGUGCUAUGACCCCAAAACGGACAUAUGGACAUCUAAAGGGAGCUUACCACAUAAACUGUUUGACCAUGGCUUCCUGACUCUGACCUGUGUUUCAAAAACCUGGGAAAAAUCAUAGCAGACUACAGAGAACUGAUCACUUUUCUUCAGUACUCGUUUUUUGUUUCAGACCUGAAGUAUUCUUUUAAAUAUUUUAUUUUUUAUUUGAGAAAGUUUAUCUGAGUUUAUUUGAGAAAUAUAUUACUUGAAUGAUGUAUUAUUUAUGCAGUUGAUAUAUGUUAAAAAUGUAAAACAAUCACAUGUCAUUGGUUAACAAUUUUGGUAUGAAGUGUACACGUCUCUUCCAGUCUUUUCCUUUGUUUAUACUCAACAUCCAAACCUAUAAAAGAAAGCCACUGUAUUGCACAGCCUGUUCUUAACCUGUCUGACUUCACAAAGGGCGAAGGUGCUAUUUUCAGCCCUCUCUGAAUCAUGCGAUUUCACUUGUCAUGUCUAAAUCCCAGCGGCUAUUUGGUGCAAGUCAAAGCAAUGCUCCACUCACAGGGCUGAGGCUGCAGAUUUGUCUGGCAAGCAUUGUCUGUGGCUCGAAAGGAAAAUUACGAUAGAAAACUGUUGUAGCAGGAAAGUUGGGCAUUACUGAAUGCAUUGCUAAAUUUAAAUAAAAACAUAGAUUUUUUUUCCAAAAACACCACCCCUGCAUGAAAUAUGAAGCAAAAUUCUGCAUUGCAUACUGAUAAAAUCUAAUGAAUGCUAACACAGAAGCAAACAAAGGAAAUCAAGUUGUUUUUGUAUUGUUGAUUUCUGAUUUCAAUGUAUUAUUGUCAUUAUUAUUCAUUUGAUCUUUUGCUACCUUGAAAACUAAAAGCUGAGUCCAC